AUGCCGCUGACAGAAGAUCUAAAGUCCUAUAAAGUUCCAGUUGUUAAAGAAGGGUCGAAACACUUUUUUGCAACCAAUGGUGCAAGCGAGUGGAGAACUCACGAUAAUAUCAACAAGUCCAAGUGUAUUGCCAAAAUAAAAGACGAUUAUCACCUUGAUCUAAGCUGGAUAAUUCAGUUAUCUGAAGUGCCUGAAAAAAUCAAAGAGCAUGUCCGUGCUUUGUUAAAGAAGAGACUACCAGAAAAAGCCAAGCUGAAACGCGAUCUGGCCAAGCGAGCCUUUAAGAAAAGAAGGACUUCGAGCCACUCUAUUGUAAUAAACGGUUCUGCCGAUGGUAGUAUAAUUUGUAGCGCUAAGAAGAGCUCAACAACAGCAGAAAAAGCACAAAGAGAACAAGAAGAGAAAGAUGAGAGAAACAUUGAAGAGGAAGCGGAUCCGAGUGUUUGGGUUGAUUGGUUGAAGUUUCUUAAAAACCAUGAAAACGCAUUCCAUCCAUAUAGCCCUGAAGCAAAUAAUAUUAUUAGAUCUGGGAUAGGCAUUUCUCCAAAGCCUUAUCUAGAUCGAGAUAUUUACAGAAGACAUAUGCAGAGACGAGCAGAAAUGCCUGACUCAAUUCCUCAAGCAUUCCAUCAGUAUAUUGAUAAAUAUAUUGAAUCUAACGAUAUAAUGCAAGCCAAGAAGCAAAUCGAGGCUCUUACGCUAUAUCUAUUAACUAAUGAAGAUAAUCGGCAUAUUACUGCCAAUCUAAAACUUCUUGAACAGCUUCUCCAGCAAGUGCAAAAGUCUUAUGAAUCAUACAUUGACUAUAACUCAUCUGAGGAUGCUUUCAACCAACUCUUUAUAUGGCCAUAUCUUGAUGUCAUAAGCAAAAGCAUUUUUAUUCAUAACUGUAAAGCUGACUUUGCUCAAGGUCAGCCCAUUUUAAAAACAAUGAGUCGACAAUUAAAAAAAUCCAACCUCUAUGUUGACGAUAAAUGCCAAUAUAAAUCUGAUGGACUUGUUAAGCUAUUUGGAUUCAAAGAACUCGAAGUGUUGGUACUUGAGACAUCCGGCAAUUUCAUCAACAAAGACAAAUCCAAGAUAAACUUUGAUCAUCACAAAGCUGUGUUUGGUAAUUUGUCAAUGCUGAAAAACAUAGCCGAUGAUUAUGCUUUUGCUUCUAUUGAACAGUUUUUGAAGGUCAAGGUUUUUUUCAUUCAAGCUGCGGACACAGAGCUUCAUUUAUGGUCAGUCUGUUACAAGAAAGAAGGUAUUUUUGAUCUUUGGAGAGAGUGUUACCUUCAAAUCAUGCCAGACUUCCAAGACAAACAAGACUUUGUACCUAGCUUGAUUCAAUUCUUCUGGCAAUUAAAGCAUACGGUUGAAGAAUCUGUUAGCAGCAUUGCCUCCUUGAUUGAAGAACAUAGUACUACCAAGGCUAAAUACAGAUAUAGCAACGAGCGUCCUGUACUUUUGAAUGAAGUCAUUAGUCCAAUUAUUUUGAAGCUGACCAAAGAAGAUGAUGUCCAUGGUAUGUUGAACUUGGGCCCUGUUUACUCUCCUCCACAUCCUUAGGGUAGGAGAGGCUUGAUACGCCCUCUUGGUUCUUGAAUAAACUGUUUUCGUUUAUUAUUUUGACACUUUCUAUAAUAAAAAUAAAUCUUUAACAAGGC